AUGGAGAACCAGGACAAAGUGCAGAUGCGGAACCAUCCUCGCAGGCAAUUGAAGAAACUGAGCGAGGACAGCCUGACCAAGCAGCCCGAAGAAGUGUUCGACGUGCUGGAGAAGCUGGGUGAAGGGUCUUACGGCAGCGUCUUCAAGGCUCACUACCGGGAGACCGGCGAGAUCGUGGCCAUCAAGCAGGUUCCCGUGGAGUCGGACCUACAGGAGAUCAUUAAAGAGAUUUCCAUCAUGCAGCAGUGCAACAGUCCCCAUGUGGUACGCUACUAUGGCAGCUACUUCAAGAACAGUGACCUGUGGAUCGUCAUGGAAUACUGCGGUGCGGGUUCCGUCUCCGACAUCAUACGCAUACGCAACAAGACGUUGACAGAAGAUGAGAUGGCCAGCAUCCUCCAGUCGACGUUGAAGGGUCUGGAGUAUCUUCACUUCAUGAGGAAAAUCCACCGGGACAUCAAAGCUGGAAACAUUCUGCUCAACGCCGAGGGCCAAGCCAAGCUGGCUGACUUUGGCGUAGCCGGUCAGCUGACGGACACCAUGGCCAAGAGGAACACUGUAAUUGGGACGCCCUUCUGGAUGGCGCCCGAGGUGAUCCAGGAGAUGGGCUACAACUGCGUGGCAGACAUCUGGUCGCUGGGCAUCACUGCUGUGGAGAUGGCCGAGGGCAAGCCGCCCUACGCCGACAUCCACCCCAUGAGGGCCAUAUUCAUGAUCCCCAGCAACCCCCCGCCCAGUUUGCGCAAGCCGGACGCGUGGUCACCGCAAUUCCGCGAUUUUGUCAGCCAGUGUUUGGUAAAGAACCCGGAGAACAGGGCCACCGCCACACAACUGCUGCAGCAUGCUUUUAUCAAGGCGGCCAAGCCCGCCAGCAUCCUCAGAGCACUCAUCAGCGACGCCAUGGACAUCAAAGCCAAACGCCAACAGGCGGAGCAAGAGGAUGACGAUGACAAUUCUGACGAGGACGAAGUGGACCAGGGCACCAUGGUGAGAGCGGGGUCUGGCGACUCGGCCACCAUGCGAAGCGUGGUUCGGCCAGACUCCCUUGAGGACCAGACGGGAACCGUGCGGUCGCAGCUGGGGACCAUGAUCAUCAACUCGGAGGACGACGAGGAGGAGGAGGAGGAGGCAGGCACCAUGAAAAGAACGGACGAGAGCUCGCCGCCUUCCAAGCCGUCCUUCCUGGAAUAUUUUGAGCAGAAAGAGAAGGAGGAGGCCAGCAGUCAAAAUGGAAGCCAGGCGUCAAAAGUGCUAUCGGAAGCUGAUCUCCACUUGGUGAGCUCAUGGACAGCGGAGGAUCUGCGCGCCCGGCUAGCUGCUUUGGACCCACAGAUGGAGCAAGAGAUGGAGGAAAUCCGACAGCGCUACAGAGCCAAGAGGAAGCCCAUCCUGGACGCCAUCGAGGCCAAGAAGCGGCGACAGCGCAAUUUGUGA